AUGAGUUCUUUAUUUUGUAAUUUAUGUUUUUCACAACCAUCAGGUUUAGUUGAGUAUUCGUUUACAAAAUGUUUACAUAUAUUUUGCCCAACAUGUCUUAAUACGUCAGAAAAUAAAGGAAAUUCAUCAAAAUUUUUAAAACAAAUCUGUCUUUUUUGUGAUCUUCCUAAUGCAUCUUAUCGGAAGAUAAAUAAAUCACAAAAUUUUGGAGAGGCAAUUUCUAAAAUAAAUACUUUACGUAUUCUUUCUCAAUUACAAGAAAAACAAUUAAAAAGUAUGGUAAAAUUGUCAAAUAAAUAUGAUGAUGCUUUACCUGAAUUAAGAAAAAAAUAUUUAAAAACUGUUGAAGAUAUUCAACUUUUCAAAAAAAUAUGUUUUAUCAAAGUUUAUUCAGUUAGACAAGUUAAAAAAAAAAUUAAAAAAUACAAACAUGAAAUUGAUAAAUUUAAUAAUUUUCUUGAAAAGAAUGUAUCUAGACGACGUAGGAGUAUUUCUUCAUCAGGAUUACGAUUAUCUACAUCGUGUGUGGCGGAGUUUAGUCAAAAUGGAUCUCAAUUAUUACAACAAAUUAGCUCAGAAUUUAAUACAACAAAUACAAGUUAUCUCUUUAGUACUGAUCAAGAAAAAAAUGAUUCCUUAAAUAUAUCACGCCAAGGUUGUACUUUAUCAAAAUCAUUAUUUGAUCAAACAUUUUGA